CGGCGGAUUCGGGAUGCGGUCCGAGGAGACCUCCGGGGGCCUGGGCGCGACUGUUAUAGCUCGGAGUCCGGGCGGGCAGGAGAAGCCCUCGGCCACGCAGUAUCAGUUCCGCCGGAAAUCUCCGCGGCGAGAACCUCAGGCACCGCCAGCUUUUUCUCCGAGCUCUGAGAGUAGGACCAUCAAACCUCGCGAGGAGAAGACGGCGCUGAGCAAGGUGGUCCUGCGGCGGCUGCCCCCCGGCCUCACAAAGGAGCAGCUGGAGGAGCAGCUGCGCCCGCUGCCGGCGCACGACUACUUCGAGGUCGCCGGCGCGGAUCUCAGCCUUUAUCCUCAUCUCUACUCAAGAGCGUACAUUAAUUUUAGGAAUCCUGAUGACAUCCUUCUGUUCAGAGAUCGUUUUGAUGGAUAUAUCUUCCUGGGCAGUAAAGGAUUGGAGUAUCCUGCAGUGGUAGAGUUUGCCCCAUUCCAGAAGAUAGUCAAGAAGAAGCUGAAGAAGAGAGACACUAAGACAGGGAGCAUCGAAGAUGAUCCAGAGUAUAAGCAGUUUUUGGAAACUUACAGCAUGGAAGAAGAGAGAACCAGUGCCAAUCCUGAAACUCUUCUGAUAGAGAUAGAGGCAAAGACAAGAGAACUUGUUGCUAGAAAAACCACACCUCUUUUGGACUAUAUUAAAAACAGAAAAUUAGAAAAACAGAGGAUUCGAGAGGAGAAGCGAGAAGAAAGGAGGAGGAGAGAGUUAGAAAAGAAACGCUUGCGGGAGGAAGAAAAAAGAAAAAGAAGAGAAGAAGAAAAAUGUAAGAGGAAAGAGGCAGAUAUACAAAAGACAACUGUUGAAACAGAAAUUAGGAUUAAGCUUCUUAAGAAACCAGAAAAGGAAGAAGAACAAAACACAGAAAAGCAAAAAGAAAGAAACAAGAAAGUCGGCAGUAGAGAUGGCAAACAGGAAAUUGGCACCCCCUGCACCUUUGUGAGAGCCAGGCCCUCAGAGAGCCCCACACAGGGAUGCAGCGAGAAGUCUCGGGAUGAUAAUGACAAAGAGCAAAAGGACAUGGAGAGAAGAAUACAAGGACUUGAAAUGCCAGAACGCUACUCAGAUGAUGGCAGAAAGCACAGUGGUCACUCUGAGUUGGGCAGGUUUCCUAAAGAAAAUGAAGAUGAGCUGAGAUGGAGGAGAGGAUUCACCCACGGCACAGGGAAAAAGGGGAGCCAGGAAAGGGGUGUGGCUCUGGAGACAGGAGAGAGCUUGAACAGGGAGCAGCAGGAGGCCCCACAGCCGGGUACCAGGAAGGGAGUGCCCAGGAAAUAGGGCCCUGUAAUCUUGUUGUCUGCACCCCAAGUGGGUAUUGCUUCUGCAGGCUCACAAGCACUGUUUCCAAAUAAAUUUUCUUACAAAAUCAGACACAAGUCUGCCUCCAUGUGUCAAAGUCCAGAAUUGUGCUCUGACU